GAUGCUAUUAAUAGCCACUCCCUUCGUGACACACUUCGCGACUUAACCUACUGCCUUAUCUAUGUCUAUGCAAUAAUUAUACAGUUGCAGUAGUUGGCGGAAAGAUGCUAUUUAAAGCCACCUUCCUUGGUUACACACUUCGCAUUCCCAAUUUGGUAUCAGAAAACUAUUACUUCAUUUGGAAACAAGUGUUUCUCUUGUCUUCUCUUCACUUUUCUUGUGUUGUCCAUCUGCAGCAGCAAUGGCUGAGGCCCGGAAGCAGCUAAACCUGGUCAUGGCCCCUUCAUCCUCACUUGACCACAUCACUAUCUUCCUUGAGCUCUCCAACAAACUCGCACUCCUAGGCCAUCGAAUCAACUUUCUGCUUCCCAUCACCGCUCGAGACAAGGUGGCGGCCCAGCCCAACGAAUUUCCGGACCUCAUCACUUUUCACCCAAUCGGCGACGUAGAGAAAGCACAUCAUCAUCGUCCAACCGGCGACGUCCCAGGCUUCGUGGGCUCUUUCAUUUCGCGUGGGGUCGAGGUAGUGGAAGAUGUGUCCGCUGAGUUCAUGGGCUGCACGGCCUCCGCGAAAGACCAGGCCCGGUCCAUCCUGUACAAGACGAGGCCCGAUUUUGUGGUCUAUGAUUCGCAGGCCCAAGGUGUGGGAUUCGUGUUAGGGUUGAGGAACGUGACCGUGGAAAUUUUGUCCGUGGACUCGAAGACGACGCUCUGUGUCGUCCCGUCGAUGAAGGCCUCGCCUGCGGAUGUUCCCGAGGGCGCCUUUGCCAACGAUUAUCUCACGUGGGGGCAUUCAGGCCUCGGAGUGGAAUAUGGAGAAGGAUCCGGAGAACCCUUGAAAUCGAGCGGGACUCCGUCGGCCCUGGAACAUAUAUUCUGCAACUACGUGGAGGAGCACUACGGGAAAUUGCUGUUGACCCAUGGGCCAGCGACGUAUGGGCCGGGCCUCGAGGAUAAAUGGGCCGCAUGGCUGGAUAAAUUCCCUCCGGGUUCGGUUGUUUACUGCGCUUUCGGGAAAGAAGUUUAUCUCCCAAAACACCAAUCUCUAGAGCUUCUCAGGGGAUUCGAGUUAUGCGGGCGCCCAUGUCUGGUGGCACGGAGGUCGUUCGAAGAAGUGACGGUAUCGAAAGGUUUGGAGGAAAGCAAGGUGAUGGUGUACGAUGAGUGGUUUCCACGACCGUAUAUUCUGAACCAUCCGUCCGUGGGUUGUUUCGUCACCGAUUGUGAGCUUGGAUCUGUGUGGGAGGCUUUUCUGAGUGAGUGUCAAAUCCUGUUAAUCCCUGGCUUUGGUAAACAACAUGUUCUGCCGGCGAAGUUGAUGGCAGAGGAGCUGAAAGUGGCGGUGGAAGCUGAGAAGGAUGAGAUUUAUGGAUUGAUAAGCAAGGAGAAGCUUUGCGAGAGUAUUGAUAUGGUGAUGAAUGGAGAGAGUGAAGUCGGGAAGCAGGUGAGAAUGUACCAUUUGACGUCGAGGGAAGGUUUGGUUCAUGGGGACUUGAUUGAUCACUCUGUGGAGCGGUUUGCCAACAAGCUGAUUCGGGAUCUCCAAGGAAAAUCUCCCUCGACUAAGGAUAAUCCAAUUACUUUUGGGUUUUGAUUUUAUGUUCUGAUGAGAAUUUCCGAUGAGCGAGUCAGAAUGUAAUGAUAUGUAUGAAUAAUGAUGAAGUGUCUAUCUGUGAUUUUAUUUUUGUUUUGAUUCCUGAAAGCUGGUGCAUUCAUGUAGUUCUUUGUUUCGUGAAUUGCUGUAUCAAUAAAGGAGCCAAUGCUUU